AUGGAGCUUGUAAAUCGGGACGCUUCCAUUAAGGUGAAGGUUAUCAUCGCUCAUGUUGCUGAGAAAUACAUGUAUAUCAUAUCCUACAAAAAGGCAUGGAUUGCAAAGUGUAAGACAAUUGAGUCGCUGUAUGGAAAUUGGGAGACAUCUUACAACGAUCUACCGCAGUGGAUACUAGUAAUGAAAACAUAUCUACCAUGUACCAUUAUAGAAUUGCAAUCCUUACCUGUGAUUUUAAAUGAUGGUUCACACUUGGGUGACCAAAGGAUAUUUCAUCGUCUAUUUUGGGCGUUUCGACCAUGUAUACGUGGUUUCACGUAUUGUAAACCUAUUGUGCAUGUUGAUGGAACAUGGUUGUAUGGCAAGUACAAAGGGACUCUGUUGAUGGCUGUGGCACAGGAUGGGAACGGGAACAUAUUUCUGAUAGCGUUCGCAUUGGUUGAAAGUGAGACAAAGGAAGCUUGGAGUUUCUUUCUUAAGAAUUUAAGAAUACACGUUACUCCCCAAGCAAAUCUGUGUCUAAUAUCAGACAGGCGUGAAUCGAUAAAGAGUGCAUAUAACAAUUCGGAAAAUGGAUGGCAGUAUCCUCUAUCAUCACAAGUCUAUUGCAUUAGACACAUCGCGCAAAACUUCAUGCGCGAGAUUAAAGACAAGGAUCUGCGCAAACUAGUUGUUAACAUGGGUUAUGUGUUAACAGAGGCGAAAUUUAACUACUAUCGGGGGGAAAUCCGAAGAGCAAACAACGACGCUUUAUCAUGGAUAGACAAUAUCCCUCGGGAGAAGGGCAUUUGA